UCGGAAUGUACCAUUUUGCAAAGACACCGGGAAGGAUUUUGUUGUGACAGCGGAGUUACAACCCGGCGGGGGAGACGGUCACAACAUAGGUCUUAUAUUCCUGAAACAGCCAUGGCCUUCAGCAAGGGAUAUCGCAUUUACCACAAGCUGGACCCACCACCGUACAGUGUCAUAGUGGAAACCAGGGCCAGAGAUGAAUGCCUCAUGUUUGAAUCAGGAGCUGUUGCUGUCCUUUCUGCAGCAGAGAAGGAAGCCAUUAAAAAUACAUAUACAAAGAUUGUUGAUGCCUACGGAAUACUGGGCGUACUUCGUCUCAACCUUGGUGACUCCAUGCUCCACAGUCUUGUAGUUGUGACAGGAUGCAGCUCUGUGGGCAAAGUGCAGGAUUCAGAAGUUUUCAGGGUCACUCAGACAGAUUUUAUAUCCCUGAAAAAUGACCCAGGAGAUGAGGACCGGAUUGCUGAGGUGCGAAAGGUCCUGAACUCAGGACACUUCUACUUUGCCUGGUCUUCCACCGGAGUCAGCAUGGACUUGAGUCUCAACGCACACCGCAGGAUCCUGGAAGACACUACAGACAACCGCUUCUUUUGGAACCAGUCUCUUCAUCUCCACUUGAAGCAUUACGGAGUGAACUGUGACGACUGGCUGCUGAGACUGAUGUGUGGCGGCGUGGAGAUCAGGACCAUCUAUGCAGGGCACAAGCAGGCCAAGGCCUGCAUCUUCUCCCGCCUGAGCUCGGAGCGAGCUGGCACGCGAUUCAACGUUCGGGGGACAAACGAUGACGGACAGGUGGCUAACUUCGUGGAGACCGAACAGGUCAUUUUCUUGGACGACAAAGUGUCAUCUUUCAUUCAGAUCCGUGGAUCCAUUCCUCUUUUCUGGGAACAGCCAGGAAUCCAGGUUGGUUCACAUCGUGUCAAGCUGUCAAGAGGAUUUGAGGCGAACGCGCCUGCUUUUGAAAGGCACUUCACUGCACUGCGGCGAUUGUAUGGCAAGCAAGUGAUCAUCAACCUGCUUGGAAGUAAGGAAGGUGAACACAUGCUCAGCAAAGCAUUCCAGAGCCACCUGAAGGCGUCGGAGCACGCUGCCGCAGUGAAGAUGGUGAACUUCGACUACCACCAAAACGUGAGGGGCGGCAAGGCCGACAAACUGCACAGUGUCCUCAAACCCCAGCUCAGCAAAUUCGUGGACGAGUGCGGCUUCUUCUACUACUCUGGAGAAACCGGCAUCGCGAGGACUCAGGGAGGGACCAUCAGGACGAACUGCUUGGACUGUUUGGAUCGCACUAACAGUGUCCAGGCCUUCUUCGCACUCGAGAUGCUGCCGAAGCAGCUGGAAGAAAUGAGUCUGACAGAGAAACCUCAGCUGGUUGCCCGGUUCCAGGAGGUUUUUAGGACCAUGUGGUCCGCCAAUGGAGACUCCGUCAGUAAGAUCUAUGCCGGCACCGGAGCCCUGGACGGCAAAGCCAAGGGUGGGAAGUUGAAAGACGGAGCUCGCUCCGUGACGAGAACCAUCCAAAACAACUUCUUCGACAGCUCCAAGCAGGAAGCGAUAGAUAUCCUGAGGCUGGGCUCCACGCUCAACAGUGAUCUGGCAGACAAAGCUCGGGCCCUGCUCACCACUUCCAGUCUUUAUGUCACUGAGCCAGUCUUACAAUCAGCUUCCCCCCGAGUGCUGCUGGGAAUGUGCCAGAGCUACCGUAAAUACACGAGGCCCAAGAGGAUCCGGGUGUGUGUCGGCACCUGGAACGUCAACGGGGGGAAACAGUUCCGGAGCAUCGCUUUCCGUAAUCAGACGCUCAACGAUUGGCUGUUAGACGCUCCGAAGAAGGCGGGACAUCCAGAGUUUCAGGACAGCAAAGCCAACCCGAUCGACAUCUUCGCCAUUGGAUUCGAGGAGAUGGUUGAACUGAAUGCUGGAAACAUUGUCAGUGCCAGCACUACGAACCAGAAACUGUGGGCAGCUGAGCUCCAGAAAAACAUCUCGCGGGACCACAAGUACGUCCUGCUUGCUUCGGAGCAGCUGGUGGGGGUGUGCCUGUUCGUGUUCAUCCGCCCACAGCACGCACCGUUCAUCAGGGAUGUUGCUGUGGAUACAGUCAAAACGGGAAUGGGCGGAGCCACGGGUAAUAAAGGAGGCGUGGCCAUCCGCCUGCUGUUCCACACGACCAGCAUCUGUUUCGUCUGUUCCCACUUUGCCGCCGGCCAAUCGCAGGUCAAGGAACGGAACGACGACUAUAACGAGAUCACACGCAGACUCAGCUUUCCCAUGGGUCGCCUCCUGUACUCGCACGACUACGUGUUCUGGUGUGGGGACUUCAACUACCGGAUCAGCAUGCCCAACGAGGAGGUGAAGGACCUCAUCAAGCAGCAGAACUGGGACGCGCUGACAGCCGGGGACCAGUUGUUGGACCAGAAGAAUGCUGGUUUGAUUUUUAGGAAUUUUAUUGAGGGAAAGUUGGAUUUUGCCCCCACCUAUAAGUACGACCUCUUCUCAGAAGAUUACGACACCAGUGAGAAGUGCCGCACACCAGCCUGGACCGACCGCAUUCUGUGGAAGAGAAGAAAGUGGAACUUCGACAAAACAGCUGAGGAGAUGAAUGUUGUCGGAGCGGCCGCGACCCCCGGGGAGUGUGAGGAGGACCCAGACAACCCGUGGAGCCCUGGCACUCUAAAGUAUUAUGGGAGAGCUGAGCUUAAGACGUCUGAUCACAGGCCUGUGGUGGCAGUAAUGGAUGUGGACAUCCUGGAGGUGGACCCUGAGGCCCGGCACCAGGUCUACAAAGACGUGAUUGCCCUGCAGGGGCCUCCGGACGGCACCAUCCUGGUGUCGCUGUGCACGUCCGGCCCGGAUGACUACUUCGACGAUCCGCUCAUAGACGAGCUGCUGGACAAGUUUGCUAAUUUUGGAGAGGUUAUCCUCAUCCGGUUCGUUGAAGAGAAGAUGUGGGUGACUUUCCUCGAGGGCUACUCUGCUCUGGCUGCUCUGUCUCUCAGCGCCUCCACCGUCCUUGGGAAGGUGAUUGACAUCCGUCUGAAGAGUCCAGGCUGGAUUAAGAGUCUGGAGGAGGAGAUGAGCGUGGAGAGAAUCUGCGGCAGCAUCCCCACCUCCGCUAGCUCCACCCUGCUGGCUGAAGACGCAGACAUGGGUGACGACGACUACGACAUGGAAGGCGACGUGGACGAGGAGGUGGAGGAGAUCCUUCCGCAGCACCUGCAGCCUGGAGCCGGCUCUGCUCCCGGAUCCUCCCCGCUGCCCUCUCCCCGCGGCAGCCCCUGCCCCUCCCCCACCCACGGGGAGCCCGCCGCCCCCAGCAGGCCCAGCCGCGCACCGCAGCCCUCCCGACCGUCACAAGGACCUCCCGUUGACUUUCAGCCAGGCGCCCCCACAGCGCAGGGCUUCGAGCCCAAACGCCCGCCGCCCCCUCGCCCCAACGCCCCCCCGGCCAGACCCGCACCUCCUCAGCGCCCACCACCGCCUUCAGGAGGCAUGAGCCCUCUGCCAGUUAGAAAGGACUCUGCAGACUGUGGCGAAUGUCCCAGCCCACUGUUUGGUAGGAGAGGCAGUGAAGGACCAAAAAGUCCCGCUCUUCCUCGACCUGACGCUGCUGCAGGUCGAAGCCAGGCAGCAGGAGCUCCUGGACCCGGCGGUGCGUCCAGACCGAACAUCCCUCCUCGAGCUGGGGUGAUCAGUAUGCCCCCUCAGUCUCGUCCACCACCGCCGUCUCACCCCGGAGCGCCGAGGCCCAUCCCAGAGGUGCAUCCCGGAGCUCCUCGGCCGAUCCCGGACACCCACCCCGGAGCCCCCCGGCCGGCGCCGAGCGCCCAGCCCAAACCGGCCGACCUGCCUCUGGGUCCUCCGCCCUCAGGCCCGCCUCCGGCAGCCCCUCCUGCGGCGAGGCCCCAGGUUCCGUCGCCCAUGCAGCCGCAGCCGGCCGCGGCCUCCGCUCAGUCCCAGCUGCCGCCGCCCAUGCAGCCGUCGCUCCCGGCGCCCCUGCUGCCGCAGCAGGCGGCUGCCCCGGCCCCCGCCGCCGCCGCCGCCGGGGCCCCUCCCGGCCCCCAGCAGGGCCUGGCCUCUCCCAAACCCCCGCCGCGGUCCCGCUCCUCUCAUGCUCUGCCGCCCGAAGCUGCCAAGUCUGAAACCCCAGCCGCUCAGGUGAAUGGACUGAAUGGAAUCCAAAGAGAAGCACAAUGGAAGCCCGACCCCCUCGACUCGCUAUCAUCCGACAUCUUCCCCUCCUCGUCGUCGUCCUCCUCCUGGCACGCCACCCAGUCGCUGACCAGAGGCUCGUCCCUGCGCCCUCCGCCCUCCGUUCCUCCGUCCGCCUUUUCCUCCACGACGCUCCCCUCCUCCUUCUCCCUGCAGUCCUCUGCGCUGUCGGACCUGCAGGCUUUCGACACGUCGUCGUCCUCCUCGCUCUCCACGCCGUCGCCCUUCGCCUCGUCCCUGCUGCCGCCGCCCCCCGCCCCGCCCCGCAGCCGCUCCCAGGAGACGUUGCGCGCCUCGCCGGGCCUCUUCCCGCCCGACCCGCUCCCGGCGCGGCCCAGCAGCACCAACCCGUUCACCGGCCCGCUGAUGCAGCAGCAGCAGCAGCAGCAGCAGCGGCGCGCCGUCACCCCGGACUUCAGCUCCCAGCAUCCAGCCUCAAAGACCAACCUCCACAGGACCAUGUCGGCCCUCACUCAGCCCCUCAUCCCCAUCCCCGCCCCAGCAGCCCCCCCUCAGGCCGCCCCCACCCCUCAGAUCCAGAGGACCAUGUCCUUGUUCGGGCCGUCGCCCAGCCUCGGCCCCGCCCCUGCUCCUUUGCUUCCUCUCGCCGCCGACUCCUCUCCGGCUCCGGCGUUGCCCGCAGCCCCUCCCUCCUCCAUCCCGCCGGUCCUCGCCCCCCGUCGCCAGCCUCCCCCCCCAGGAGCGAAGGCUCCUCAGCAGUGGGUCACCUUCGACGACGACUUCGGUUUUCCGUCCUCGGCCAAAACGCAGCAGAACUCGGUCCUCCCCCCCGCUUCCCUUUUGCCCCACGCUCAGACUCAGCCCCCGCCUCGCUCCGUGUUCGACUCGGAGCCCGAGUGGUUGUCCUCCGCCCCCGCAGCAUUCCCGACGCUCCCCCCUCCCAUCCCAACAAGAACUGCCACCAACAGCGUGAAGGUCCCAGGCGGGUCCGCCGAAAGCUGCUUCUUCCCCAGAGAGUCCACAGAAAGAUAGGGCCCCCCCCCCCCGUCAUGUAAAGGGCAUCUUCAGAUAUGUAUAGAUCUAUGAUAAAUGUGUAUAUGUAUGCGUGUAUGUACAAAAGAGACGGUAUUUAAAAGUAUAGACCAAUUCCCUUCUGAGUCACAGGAAAAAGAUUUAUAUCCGAAACAUGAGAAGUGUAUGAGCCUAAAUGUGUGAUCUAACUCUACAGCAAAGAGGUUUGCUUCUUCCCUGAGAUUAACACUUAUUUUAAUAUAAAUUGUGACGUUUAUUUUUUAUUUAUGGCAGCAAACGUGCCUGUGUCUCCAGUCUGUAGUUAUUAUCAACUAUACCAGUCCGCACAAACCGCGCGUUCAGCCACCUGUGCAAUAUCAAAGCAUGUCUCUGUACCUGCGCAGCGCACUGCAGUGACCUCCAAGGGGUUUCCAGAGCCGUGCGUCUUCUUAUUUACUACACACUGAGCCGGUAAUCAGAGAAACACUUACAGUUAAAUGGCAAUCUUUCACUUCCUUGGUUUUCUGACUUGAUGUGCAGAACAGCUUUUACAAUAGCUGACGGAUUAUUGGCUUGUUUUGACUUUAGAUUAAGAAAUGAGAAGUUUCGCUUCUUUCUCCCUGUCUUGACUCGAGCAGUUGUGUUGCACACGUUUCUACCAUGAAUGUACUUUAUUUUGCACGAGGUUCUGCCAUUGCCUCCCCCGACGAUGCCGGAGCGUGAAAACGAGCGGCAGGAGACGAGGUCGGCCUGACCACGGCUGCAGGACUGACUCUGUAAAGUCAUCUCAUCCAUCUGGUGAUUCUCUAGCGGCUGCUUUGCUGGAAGCCAUUUGUAGCUCUAUAUCAAACCUAUACAUAGCAGUUAUGUAUAAAUCUAUGUUGUACGGGAAAAACUACGCAGUGAGUGUGUAUGAGUGGGUGUACAGAUGUUAACCAACAUGCACUGGGAUGCAGGACGUGCUCUCCUGGCUGUUGGCGUUUACCCCCUCUCCAGUGUUUAAAUCCUCCGUCAUUCAUUCAAACUAUCAAACAGUACUAUAGUGAAAUUCAGAGUUUGUGUGCAUACCGAAUGGGAUGUGGAAUAAUAAGAGGGCAAAUGUUUGUUUUUGUUUUUUUUACUUCACUAUCUUUUUUUCUUUUUUUUUUUUUUUGGAAGAAGUCAAGCUCACCAUUUCAAAUAACAUUUACUCAAAAUAAUCUGUUCUUGUUACUGUGGUGAGAAGUGACGUGAUGUGUUUGAGGUGCAUAUCGUCCUUGUCGUGUUUGUGUUUGGAUGUGAGUGUAUACGGAGUUAAAGAGUGGAACACCAUGGACUUUUAAGUAUGAGCAUUGUGCUCCCCCCCCCCCCCUCCCCCCCCCCCCCCCCCCCACCCCACACACACACACACACACACACACACACACACACACACACACACACACACACACACACACACACACACACAACAGUCACGCGCCGCUGUAACUGUAUUUCGCCUCGCUGUUCUUACAACAACGAGAGCUUUUUCUUUUUUUCUCUCAGCACCAAUCACCUCAAAGAGAGUCUCCCUGUAGGAACUCUCGCAGAUCGCUCACGAUCAGACAGUUUAGUGACUGAACUACACGGGGAAGCUCCGGUACUUCAACAGGCAGAACUUCAGCAUGAUUUUUGUCCUACCCAGGUGCGGUGUGAUUCGAGUGUUGUCAGACUCCGGUCAGCGUUUACAGAUCCGCCUGUGAUUCCCACCCCGUGGCUGUUUAUUCUAGAUGAAGGAGUGUCUUUACGCAGCGCGGCUGACGUCGUAAACCUUUAUUUUAUUUUAAGUGUGCGUGGUGCUGUCAGAGGUGACGUGUCAGUAUUUUGUCUUUUACUACCUAGUUCACUAAUAUCAGUCAGCAUUUACAUCGACGAUGGAAAAGGUCAGCAACUUGACACUGUAGCCAUCGCGGCUCAUACACAAAUGUUUCCCCCUUCAUCUAAAACAUCUGAAAAACUUUUUUUUUUUUGUUUUUUUUUAAUGGUCUAUGGAAGGCGAAAAGGUCACACUAAAGAAAGCUUCGGCUAACUAAUGCUUCUGUGUUCGGUUUAACCACAUGUAAAGUAAACAAGACGAUCUUAAUUCACUACAGUAAAAGUAUUUAUCUGUGUAAGCAAAUGUAUAUCAGGCUGCCUUUGCUUACACGUUGAUGUCAUUUCAAACAAAUGCAUUUAUUGUGUUAUCCAGAUGUGUGCAGUAGGUACUGUGUCUGCUUUUAACAGUAGGUGAUUAGCCAGCGCUUCGUGUCACGUCACAGUUCAAGAUGAGGUUUUAUAGGUAACAAAUUGCUCCCUUCGUGCGGUUGGUGUCCCUUUUUUAUGGCUAUAAAUCAUGGUAAAUGUGUUGUGGAACAUAUUCUGUACGUAUUAAAAGUGCAAACAUGAAGCUGUAUUUCAUGUUAAUAUCCGACGUUCCAUAUUUUAAGUGCGCAGCAGCAGACGGCACAUUUAUGUAUGAAGCAGUUUAUGUUGUAUGUAUGCAAAAAUAAAUGUACGUUAACAU